GACCUACCUUGUUGGAGAGUCAAUUACCCUAGCUGACAUUACGCUAUUUACCUCAUUGUACCUCCUAUUUACGCAUGUCUUGGAUGCCUCGUAUCGUACUCAAUACCAUCAUGUGGAAAGAUGGUAUUUGACAAUUGCCAACCAACCUGAAGUAGCAUCUGUUACUGGUCCCCUGACUCUUUGCGAGGCGCCGGUGCAUUUCGAUACAGCAAAGUUUUCCGAGCUUCAUGGAAAACAGGAUAAGUGUGAAAAACUCAAGGCAAAAGAUAAACCCAAAGCUUCCUCUCAAAAGUCAAAAAAUGAACCAAAGUCUGUUCAUGAGGAUCACGCAAAGGCUGACAUUGACGACUCCGAUAAAAACUAUCAGGAACCAAAAGAGAAUCCUCUUAACGUCUUGCCUCCUGGUUCAUUGGUCCUUGACGAAUUCAAAAGAACGUACUCUAAUAAUGACGUUGAGUCAGUUGGAUUGCCUUACCUAUGGCAACACUUUGAUCCUGAUCACUACUCUUUCUGGUUCUGUAACUAUAACUACCCUGAGGACUUGCGCUUAGUUUUCAUGUCAUCUAACUUGAUUGGGGGAUUCUUCCAGCGAUUAGAGAAAAUGUCUAAGUUUGCCUUCGCUGUCAUGUCUGUAAUCGGCCUAGACAAUGAAAAUGUAAUCCAGGGUGUCUGGCUUUGGCGUGGCACAGGCUUGAUUUUUGAUUUGGAUCCCGACAUUCAAACCGACUACGAGUCAUUUGCGUGGCGCAAAUUGAAUCAUGAAUCUGAAGACGAUCGACAGCUGAUUAGCACCUUUUUCACUCGCCAAGCCGUGAUAAAUGGAAAGCCAAAUGCGGCAACUAAAGUGUUUAAAUAG